AGCUUCAGGAAGCUUCAUUUGGCCAUCAUCAUUAACCACCGGUUCUUUAUUUGCGAUGGCAUCAAACAUCAAUGGUGCCACCACCAACUGGCUCGGAAGUGUAACUACAUUUUUGUUGCUGUAAUGCAGCGUUAAGUCUGAUAUUCUGGUUACUGUUGUUGCUGAAGACUACUGAAGUCCAUCAGAGCCAACACCUUACCAUACACCUCUGCUGACUGAUGGUGUGCAGCUACACAGUGUGUGUAUGUCACUUCUCAACCACACGUCAGUGGGUAAAGCAGAGAGCAGCUGUCAGACAUGCAGCAGAAACCACAACACCCCAACCACAGGCUCAGAGGCAGGAGGAGGGUUUUCCUUUGAAAACAAACUGAUCAGAGAGCAGCUCUAACGUCAGCACAGUGUCAGGAUGGAGGAAACGUCUCUGCUGUCACUGCUCUUUGUGAGCUCACUGCUGAUCUGCUCAACAAACCAAGCUCGUCUGACUGUGAGUCCCAGCAGAUCUCAGUUUUUUAGAGGAGACUCUGUCUCUCUGAGCUGUGAGGAGGACGACAGCUCUGCUGGAUGGAGGCUGAGGAGGAACACAACCAGAGGAAACAGGACUGAAUGUGUUGAAUGGGGAGAACCAGCUGGUUCUUCCUGUAUCAUCAGCUACACCUUCACCUGGGACAGUGGAGUUUACUGGUGUGAGUCCAGAGAGGGAGCAACCAGUAACAUCAUCAGCAUCACUGUCACUGGUGGAUCAGUGAUCCUGCAGAGUCCUGUCCUCCCUGUGAUGGAGGGACAUGAUGUCACUCUGCACUGUAAAACAAAGACCACUCCCUCCAACCUCCCAGCUGCUUUCUAUAAAGAUGGCUCCCUCAUCAGGACUGAGCCUACAGGUCACAUGACCAUCCACCAUGUUACCAAGUCUGAUGAAGGCCUCUACAAGUGUAACAUCAGCAGUGAUGGAGAGUCUCCACCCAGCUGGAUCACUGUCACAGGAAAACCUACAACCACAAACCUGCCGACUCCUACUGUGACUCCAACCUCUGCCUCAGCCAGGGAUGGAGUCCUAUGGUCCCUCCACCUCAUGUUCAUAUUGGUCCGUUACCUGGUGGUGUUGUGUCCGUACUUCAUCUCCACUGUCCUCAUGGUGUCUUUAUAUCGACACAGACCCACAGGAAACCACCUGCCCGUCUCCAUGGUGAUGACCCCGCCCACCCAGGCUGAGCAGGGAUUGGAUGAUGACUAUGAUGAUGAUGAUGUCACCACAGAGCAUCACUUCUGACCUGAAUACUGAUUACAUUGUAAAACACAGUAAAGUGAAGUCAGGAGUUUAUUUGACUGAAGCUGAGAAAACAAAAACUUCAACAGGUCAAAUCAACAACUUUAAUGUUCUAUGAAACGUGUGUGUGUGUUUGGAGUGAGAGGAGCUGAACAGGUGCAGCAGUGAAGGUGGAUGUGGUCUCUUGUGUUGGAGUCAGACUGUGUUUCAGCUCCACCUGCUGGUCAUUAACCAGACAGACCUGCAGCAGCUGCACUCAGUCAACAUCAGUCUGCUCUUCCACCAUGUUCUCAUCUGUUCUCCUGCUCUCACUCACUCUAUUUAUUUUACUGACUGAUUCAGCAGCUUUUAUUCUGAUUCUGAGUCAGUUUUACUUUGAGGAAGUAAUUCUUUUCCAAUCAGUUUCCUUUUUGCCUCUGAUUUUGUUUUUGGUUUCUAAUUAUUGUUAUUUACAUUAUUAAUACGUAUUAAUACUUUCCUACUGAUACAAAUGUAAUUCCACAUUCAGUCAAGAUCUUUAUUCUUGUUCAAAUGUCUCACACUCUCAGUUAAAAAUAUGUUUCAUCAUAUUUUAUUUUUGCAGAAAGAUGAAAUCUGAAAUUUGGAAUCGCAGACCUCUGGUAAAAUGUUUAUGUCUGCACUCUGUUAUAUUAAAGAUCUUAAAUGACAUAAAGUUAAAGGAAC